GCAGGGGUGUGCCGACCCGUGCCGGAGGUGUGCCAGGGCUCUGCCAUGCCGGGCCGAGCCUGGGGUGUGCCAGUGCUGUGCCGUGCCGGGCCGUGCUGAGCUGAGCCUGGGGUGUGCCGAGCCGUGCUGUGCCUCCCAGAGAAGAGCAAGGAAACUGAUGAAUGGUCUGGCGUUCAAGUCUUAUGAAGAGUGGCUGAGGGAGCUACACACACCAAAAUGGCCACAGUUCCACUUGGCUUCAACAUCGACUCUCCACGCUGGGACCAGAGCACCUUUGUGGGGCGCCUGAAGCAUUUCCUCAACAUCACUGACCCUCGGACUGUGCUGGUGCCGGAGAAGGAGCUGGACCAGGCCAAGGCCCUGGUGGAGGGCUGCAGGGCCGGUCUGGUGCCGCCAGGAAGCAGCCAGGAGCAGYUGCUCUAUGCCAAGAAGCUGUACGACUCAGCCUUCCACCCUGACAGUGGCGAGAAGAUGAACUUCGUUGGGCGGAUGUCCUUCCAGGUGCCGGGGGGCAUGGCCAUCACUGGCUGCAUGCUCCAGUUCUAUCGGACAGUGCCUGCUGUGGUUUUCUGGCAGUGGGUGAACCAGUCAUUCAAUGCCUUUGUCAACUACACCAACCGCAACGCUGCCUCCCCCAUCUCUCUGAGGCAAAUAGGGGUGGCUUAUGUCACAGCCACCGGUGCAGCCCUGGCCACCGCAGUGGGACUCAACCUCUACACCAAGCGAGCCCCCCCCUUGCUGGCCCGCUGGGUCCCCUUUGCAGCUGUGGCUGCUGCCAACUGUGUCAAUAUCCCCAUGAUGCGACAACAGGAGAUCAUCAACGGGAUCACAGUGACAGAUGGGGACAACAAUGAGCUCGGCCGCUCCAGGAGGGCGGCAGUGAAGGGCAUCUCGCAGGUUGUGCUCUCCAGGAUCACCAUGGCAGCACCGGGCAUGAUUAUUUUGCCCAUCAUCAUGGAGCGGCUGGAGAAAUUCACCUUCAUGCAGCGGAUCCGGGUUCUCCAUGGGCCGCUGCAGGUGCUGCUCUGCGGGGGCUUCCUCCUGUUCAUGGUGCCAGCAGCCUGYGCCCUCUUCCCACAGCGAUGCUCCCUUGCACUGGCUGACCUUGAGCCRGAGCUGCGUGACAGCAUCGUGGCCAAGCACGGGGACAAAGUGCCCUACGUCUAUUUUAACAAAGGACUGUGAAUGGAGACUACCUCAGGAGUCAUCGCACCCCUCUGGCCUCCUGCUACCACCAAUCCCCUGAGCAGGGUCAGAGGCACAGUCCGGCACAGUCCAGCCCAGAUCUGCACCCCCACCCUGCACCUUCUCUGCUGCCUUCUUCCACUGUAGAAGCAGGAUCUGACUCUGCRUGUCCAGCUUGCAGCACUUUGGCUUGUCCUGAGCCACCCCCACCUGCUGCUGGCCAUGUCCCUGCCUUCCCAUGUCCCUCUUGCCCUGAGGGAUCCCUGUGCUUCCUGUGCCUUCCUCUGGCCCUGCACAGGAGGAUCUGUCCAGCCUGUCUGGGCCUCACUGGGUUUGGCCCCACAAGCUAUGAGGCUCAAAGCACAAUUCUACCUCCAAAAGCAGGUGUCCUGCCAUUGUACCAGCAAGCAAAUCACAUUCCUGCCUUUAACUACCACAGUAGCCUCUUUCCAAGAGCUGGAUCAUGUCUUGGUGGGURUGAAGGGACCUGCUCUCUCUGCACCAUGAGAGUGACCAUCCCAAAGUCCAGAGGCCAAUGCUUGGACUAUGCCUUCCUUGCUCUCAGGUUCAGGUUUUAUUCACUCUGUGAUUGUCACAGUCCAGGAGAGAAAUAGCUAAUUGUUUUUAAGCUCUAACUUUUUUCAUUCCUCUGAGGACAAGAGCCAGCUGUCACCCUUGUCCUACAUCUCUGGUCCCCACAGCAGAAUCAUGAAACUGAAUCUUUAGGGAUAAUUGUCUCUGUGCCCCCUUUGACAUGGGGAAGAAGACACAGGAAUCAGAGAAUUGUUAGGGUUGGAAUGACCUCUGGAGGUCAUCUAUUCCAGUCACACUGCCGAGGCAGGGUCACCUGGAGCAGGUUACACAGGAAUGUAUCCAGGUGAGUUUUGAGUAUCUCCAGAGAGGGAGACUCCAUKACUUCCMUGGACAGUCUGUUCCUGUGCUCUGCCACAYUCAAUGUAAAGAAUUUCUUCCUCAUGUUGAGGUGGAACUUCUUGUGUUUUACUUUAUGGCYAUUGCUUCUUGUCCUGUUGCUGGGCACCACUGAAAAGAGCCUGGACCAUACACUUGGCACCUGCCUUUGAGACAUUUAUAUGCAUUGAUGAGAUCCCCUYUCAGUCUUCUCUUCUCCAGGCUGAACAGGCCCGGCUCCCACAGUCUCCUCAUAAAAGAUAUUCCAAAUCUCUCAUCAUGUUGUGGCCCUCCACUGAACCCAUUUCAGUAGCUCCUCUCUUUCUUGUCACAGAGCUGUCAGGCAUCAACUCAGGCUCUGAAUAGCAACACUGCAAAUGACAGGAAGGUUGAAAAAUAAAUGCGGUGAUUUUUAMA